AUGAGGACUCACACGCGGGGGGCCCCCAGUGUGUUUUUCAUAGCUCUGCUCUGCUGCGCGUCGGCCUACGUCACCGACGAGGACCCCGACGUCAUGAUCCCCUUCACCAACGCCAACUACGACAGCCACCCGAUGCUGUACUUCUCCAGGGCCGAGGUGGCCGAGCUGCGACUCCGGGCCGCCGGCUCCCACGGGCACAUCGCCGCCCGCCUCGCCGAGGCCGUGCACACCAUGCUGUCCAGCCCCCUGGACUACCUGCCCCCCUGGGACCCCAAGGACUUCAGCGCCCGCUGGAACGAGAUUUACGGCAACAACCUGGGCGCCCUGGCGAUGUUCUGUGUGCUGUACCCCGAGAACAUCGAGGCCCGGGACAUGGCCAAGGACUACAUGGAGAGGAUGGCAGCUCAGCCUAGUUGGCUGGUGAAGGAUGCUCCCUGGGAUGAAGUCCCGCUCGCCCACUCCCUGGUGGGCUUUGCCACUGCCUACGACUUCCUGUACAACUACUUGAGCAAGACGCAGCAGGAGAAGUUUCUCGAAGUGAUUGCCAAUGCCUCGGGCUACAUGUAUGAAACCUCGUACAGGAGAGGAUGGGGCUUUCAAUACCUGCACAACCAUCAGCCCACCAAUUGCAUGGCUCUGCUCACAGGAAGCCUCGUUCUCAUGAACCAAGGGUAUCUUCAGGAAGCCUACUUGUGGACCAAGCAGGUUCUGACCAUCAUGGAGAAGUCUCUGGUCCUGCUCCGAGAGGUGACGGACGGCUCCCUCUAUGAAGGGGUCGCCUACGGCAGCUACACCACCAGAUCCCUCUUCCAGUACAUGUUCCUCGUCCAGAGGCACUUCAACAUCAACCACUUCGGUCACCCGUGGCUUAAGCAGCACUUUGCCUUUAUGUAUAGAACCAUCCUGCCAGGAUUUCAGAGGACGGUGGCCAUUGCAGACUCCAAUUACAACUGGUUUUAUGGCCCAGAGAGCCAGUUAGUGUUCCUGGAUAAGUUUGUCAUGCGGAAUGGCAGCGGUAACUGGCUGGCUGACCAGAUCAGGAAGAACCGCGUGGUGGAAGGCCCAGGGACCCCCUCCAAAGGGCAGCGCUGGUGCACUCUCCACACGGAAUUUCUCUGGUACGAUGCCAGCCUGAAGGCUGUCCCUCCUCCGGACUUCGGCACCCCCACGCUGCAUUACUUUGAAGACUGGGGCGUGGUGACCUACGGGAGCGCGCUGCCUGCGGAGCCCAACAGGUCUUUCCUUUCCUUCAAGUCGGGGAAGCUCGGGGGGCGAGCCAUCUACGACAUCGUCCACCGGAACAAGUACCGGGACUGGGUCAAAGGCUGGAGGAACUUCAACGCGGGGCACGAGCACCCCGACCAGAACUCCUUCACGUUCGCUCCCAACGGCGUGCCCUUCGUGACCGAGGCCCUCUACGGGCCCAAGUACACCUUCUUCAACAACGUCCUCAUGUUCUCCCCGGCCGUGGCCAAGACCUGCUUCUCCCCCUGGGAGGGCCAGGUCACGGAGGACUGCUCGUCCAAAUGGUCCAAGUACAAGCACGACCUGGCGGCCAGCUGCCAAGGCCGGGUGGUGGCAGCGGAGGAGAAGGACGGGGUGGUCUUCAUUCGGGGAGAAGGCGUGGGGGCCUACAACCCCCGGCUCAGCCUGAAGAACAUCCAGAGGAACCUGAUCCUCCUCCACCCGCAGCUGCUGCUCCUCGUGGAUGAGGUCCACCUCGGGGAGGAGAGCCUCGUGGAGACGGCCACCAGCUUCUUCCACAACGUGGACCAACCCUUCGAGGAGACGGUGGUGGACGGGGUGCACGGGGCGCUGCUCCGGGAGCGGGACGGGCUCUACAGGAUGUACUGGAUGGACGACACGGGCUACAGCGAGAAAGCCACGUUUGCUUCGGUGACGUACCCCCGGGGCUACCCCUACAAUGGGACCAACUACGUGAACGUGACCAUGCACCUCCGAAGCCCCGUCACCCGGGCGGCCUACCUCUUCAUCGGUCCCUCCGUGGACGUGCAGAGCUUCAGCAUCCACGGCGACCCCCGGCAGCUGGACGUGUUCGUGGCCACCGGGGAGCACGCCUACGCCGUGUACCUCUGGCCGGGCGAGGCCCCGGGCCAGGCCGCCUUUGCACAGGUCAUCGCCGAUCGCCAGGAGAUCCUGUUUGGCCGGAGCGCGGCCGUGCAGAGCGCCGCGGUCCCCGAGGUGAAGGACUACGCGGCCCUCGUGGAGAGAAACCUGCAGCGUUUCAAGCCGGUGUUCCAGCUGCUGGAGAAGCAGAUCCUGUCCCGCGUCCGCAACACGGCCGGCUUCAGGAAGACGGCCGAGCGCCUGCUGAGGUUUUCCGACAAGAGGCAGACGGAGGAGGCCAUCGACAGGAUCUUUGCCAUAUCCCAGCGGCAGCAGCAGCAACAGCAGCAGCAGCAGCAGCAGCAGCAGCAGCGCAGGUCCAAGAAGAACCGCAGGGGAGGCAAACGCUACAAGUUUGUGGACGCCGUCCCCGAUAUUUUUGCACAGAUCGAGGUCAACGAGAGAAAGGUGCGGCAGAAAGCCCAGAUCCUGGCGCAGAAAGAGCAGCCCAUCGACGAAGACGAGGAAAUGAAAGACCUUUUGGAUUUCGCAGACGUGACGUACGAGAAGCACAGACACGACGGGCUGAUGAGAGGCCCGCUCGGGCAGGCGCGGGUGGUGACCGCUGCGCACAGCCGAGCCCCGGCCCUGUCCGCUUCCUACACCAGGCUCUUCCUGAUUCUGAACAUCGUCAUCUUCUUCGUCAUGUUGGCCAUGCAGCUGACUUAUUUCCAGAGGGCCCAGAGCCUGCACGGCCAAAGGUGUCUGUAUGCCGUCCUCCUGAUAGACAGUUGUAUUUUACUGUGGUUGUACUCGUCUUGUUCCCAGUCACAGUGCUAG